AUGGCAUCCAAACGCACUCGUUUGACGCCCAUCGCUGUUCUCACUAUCUUUUUAUUCUUUUUCCUUUUCAACCAAUACCAAGAUUUCACAGCUUCAUCAGCUUUUCAAUCAUCACGCCAAACUUCAUUUGGUGUCGACUGGUCACGCUUCGCAUAUACACAAUAUGUCACUAAUAGCGAAUAUCUUUGCAAUUCAGUCAUGUUCUUCGAAGCUCUACAGCGUCUUGGCAGUCAAGCUGAUCGAGUCAUGAUGGUCCCCGCCAGCAUGCUUGAGCCAGAUAUGGAAAACUCAAGCGACGGCUAUUUGAUUAAUAAGGCGCGGGAUGAGUAUAGUGUUAAGAUUGUACCAAUUACUAUCCAGACCCAUUGGGCUGGCGAGGCAACUUGGGCGGACUCGUACACGAAGCUUCUAGCGUUCAACCAAACGCAGUAUGACCGCGUACUGUCCAUAGACUCGGAUUCUGUACUUCUGCAACAUAUGGAUGAGCUGUUCUUCCUACCCGCUGCACCCGUGGCUAUGCCUCGAGCAUACUGGAUAUCCCCCGAGAAGAUCCUCUCAUCCCAUCUCAUGCUCAUCCAACCUUCCGAGACGGAACUGUUCCGCAUUAUGGACAGAUUUGAAUCAGUAAAGCCUGGCGAAUACGACAUGGAAAUCAUCAACCAGCUUUAUGGUGAUAGCGCUCUGGUCUUUCCCCACCGUCGCUAUGCCCUCCUCAGCGGAGAGUUUCGCAAUGACAAGCAUCCUCACUACCUUGGUUCAGAGCUUGAAACUUGGGAUCCUGCUGCGACGUAUAGCGAAGCUAAGCUUAUUCACUUUUCGGACUGGCCACUGCCAAAACCUUGGAAGCCUAUGCCUGAGGACGACAGACUUGCGGCACAACCAAAUUGUACACAAACGACAAACGGGGAAGAGGAUUGUACAGCAAGGGUAAUUUGGAACUCACUGUAUACUGACUUUAGAGCGAGGAGAAAGGUUUGCACAACUCCAUUACCUAUCGAUUUUCCACGUGCUGAUUCCUGUUAUCUAGGAAAUAUGUGA